AUGAAGGGCAGUGGGGCAUUCGGUGCAACUCGCCUGCCAACAACACAGGCCAGCUGGCCCAUGGGCGCAUCUGUGUCCGGCCCUGGCCCCGCUGGCUCCGGUUGGGGCAAUAGCAUCUUGUUGCAUCCCACGCCCACUCAGGAUUCAUCCCUUGGGAUGGGCAUGCGACCUUCCACCAGUAGCAGCAAUCCCUGCUGGGUGACCAUUUUUGGCUUUCCUGGUAGAGCAGCUGCAGCGGUGCGGCAACAAGUGGAGGCCAUUUGUGGGCCCAUUGUGGAGGUGUGCCACGGUGACGGGAACUUCAUGCAUGUUUGCUUUGCCAGCUGCCAGGCUGCGACAGCAUGCCUGGCGCUCAAUGGCCAGCUGUUGCUGGGAAAGAUCAUGAUUGGUUGCAUUCCCUGCACCCAUGCCGCACUUCUCGCAGCAACUGGGGACUGCUUAGAGCAGGAGUCCGUGCGGGCUGCCCCCGGCACUGCCUACGACCUUCGCCAGAUGUCGGCAGGGCCUGGCAGACCGGAGGUUCGUCGGAACGGGCUGCUGUGGCGAAUGCUGGAUCAAUUGUUUGACAUAUGA